AUGUUUGGAUAUCUUCUAGUCCUUUUGGGUAAGUUUCGUGGCCAGGAAUUUCGUUGCCAAUUGGAAUUGAGACUGGAGUUUUUUGUUUUUUUUUUUUGUGUAGGACUUUUCGCCCCAACUGCAUGGGGUUCGUUGGUGAAAUGUAAUUGUGAUCCUGGUCCAGAGGGACCAGCUGGCCCACCUGGUCCCCCCGGUCCACCAGGACCGCCGGCUUACAACACAGGACCAUGGGGUUAUCCGCCAACAUCGCCAUUCAAUCAGAAUGUACAAAUAAUACCCGGACCGCGAGGCAUGCCAGGACCACCGGGUCCACCAGGAUACUGUUUCCCCUGCCCGGCAGCACCACCAUUUCGCACCGGCUUGGGUCCACGCCCCGGUCCCUGGGGUAGUGGCAAUCCCAUUCAGCCAUUGGUCACUUCGCCAGUGGACUCGGCAAGCGGUGUCUCGACUGCCAUUGGCAAUAUCAUUGUAUUGCCCUCUGGUGCCAGUUUGAAUGGACGCACUCAACUGUUCCGCAUUACACCGGAUGGUCAAGUGUUGCAAAUUGAAUCGCCAAAGGAUGUGCCAAAGGAUUUACUUGAUUUACCAGUGCCGGUGCCGGCGAAUACAUUCCAGGAGUUACCCACAUUGCCGACAGUCGCCUCUUUGCCAAGCAUUACACCGCCAGCCUUAGGAUCAGCUGGAGCUAAUCCACCAGCUGCUCCAACAUUGGCCACACCGCCAGCCGCAGGCGAAACGGCAAAUGCCCCACAGACGACUCUGCCACCCGAAGGCCUGGAUGAAGCCUUGUUUGCCUCGAAUAGUUUCGAUAAAAAGGAUUUCCUACGCGGCGGCAGCACUUUCAAUGAUGCCGUUCACGAUUGGCGGCGCAUCUUCCUCUUGGGCGAACGGCCAGCUAAUGCCUAUACAUCCGCCCCGAUUGCCCAGCCAGGCCAUCCCAAUCAAUUGGAGAGCACCAUGGAGAAUUUUCAGCGAGCUCUCGUCGAACUGAAAGAGAAAUAUGCCUCGUUAAUACAACCACGUAGCGGAGGCAAUGGAGGUCGCUAUGCAGUUAUACUUUAG